UAAUUAGCAUUUAUAUCGACUUUUCUAGUGCCACCUUAAACCUUGAGAAGACUAUAUAUAUAGCCAAAAGCGUAUAAAAGAAAAUACUAAGUGGGCUCUCUGGAACAUUGACACUGUCUCAUUUCUCUGUAGACUGCCUUUUUGAGCUUUUGCUUACGAAGGGAAUUAUUUGGUCUGCUCCGGAAAGUGAUGCUUUAGAUCGUUGUAUAAGAAUUUAUAAAUAAUGUCAGAUUCUGAAGGAAGUUUCUCGAGUCGCCCAGUUAUGGAAGUAUUAGGGUCUAGUGAUCAGUUGUCUGUAGAGAAAGGAUAUGGAACCUAUGGAAUUCUGGGUGCUGCUAUUGUUGCCAUCUUUUUACCUGUACUGCUCUCCAUUGUGUUCCUGGGAAGGAAAAAGGUGAAAAAGGUGAGAGGAGUUCCGGUGGAAGUUGGUGGUGAGGCAGGUUAUGCAAUUCGAAAUGCUCGAACUCCUGGCUUGAUUGAAGUUCCUUGGGAAGGGGCAACUACCAUGGCAGCUUUGUUUGAGCAAUCUUGUAAAAAACAUUCGCAAUAUCGAUUUCUUGGAACAAGGAAGCUAGUUAGCAGGGAAUUUAUCACAGCUAGUGAUGGUAGUGGUAGGAAGUUUGAGAAGCUGCAUUUGGGGGACUACGAAUGGCAAACUUAUGGACAAGUUUUUGAUCGUGCUUGCAAUUUUGCUUCUGGGCUUAUUAGAUUAGAGCAUAAUGAGGAUGCUCGUGCUGCAAUAUUUUCUGAAACUCGAGAAGAGUGGCUCAUUGCCUUGCAGGGAUGCAUGCGGCAGAAUAUUAGUGUUGUUACUAUUUAUUCUUCUCUUGGUGAUGAUGCCCUUGUCCAUUCACUCAAUGAGACUGAAGUACAAACCUUGAUUUGUGAUUCCAAGCAAUUGAAAAAGUUGGCUGCUAUAAGCUCAAGACUGACAACUAUCAAGAAUGUGAUUUACUUUGAAGAUGAGGGAAGUGCUAUGCCCCAGAGUAUGAGCAAUUGGACAGUUUCAUCUUUUCCUGAAGUUGAGAAAAUGGGCAAAACCAAUCCUCUUCCUCCUAGUUUACCUUCCAAGGACGGGAUUGCUGUUAUCAUGUAUACAAGUGGCAGCACAGGCCUGCCAAAGGGGGUUAUGAUUACUCAUGGCAACAUUAUCGCCACCAUUGCAGCUGUUAUGACUACGAUUCCAAAGUUAGGUACUAAUGAUGUUUAUUUGGCGUACUUGCCCUUAGCACAUGUUCUCGAAUUGGCUGCCGAGUCUGUAAUGUUAACUGCAGGUUGUGCAAUUGGCUAUGGUUCUGCAUUGACUUUAACUGACACGGCUAAUAAAAUCAAGAAAGGAACCAAAGGAGAUGCUUCUAUGCUAAAGCCAACUCUCAUGGCAGCAGUUCCAACUAUACUAGAUCGUGUCCGGGAAGGAGUUCAGAAAAAGGUUGAUGAGAAAGGAGGGCUAGCAAAGAAGCUUUUCGACAUUGGAUAUAAGCGGCGACAGGCAGCCAUAGAAGGAAGCUGGUUUGGUGCUUGGGGACUGGAGAGAGUUUUAUGGGAUGCUAUUGUCUUCAGAACAAUACGUGCUGGACUUGGAGGGCAUAUCCGAUUUAUGCUAUGUGGUGGAGCUCCUUUAUCUGGGGAUUCUCAGAGAUUCAUCAACAUCUGCAUGGGGGCUAUUAUAGGUCAGGCUUAUGGCUUGACAGAAACAUGUGCUGGAGCCGCUUUUUCUGAUUGGGACGACACAUCUGUGGGCCGUGUCGGCCCCCCUGUUCCUUGUUGCUAUAUAAAGCUUGUUUCUUGGGAAGAAGGUGGAUAUAGGAUAUCUGACAAGCCAAUGCCUCGAGGAGAGAUUGUAGUUGGGGGAUUCAGUGUAACAUCUGGUUACUUCAAAAGCCAUGAAAAGACUAAUGAGGUCUACAAGGUCGAUGAAAGGGGCAUGCGUUGGUUUUACACUGGUGAUAUUGGACAAUUCCACCCUGAUGGAUGUCUUGAGAUUAUUGAUAGGAAGAAGGACAUUGUGAAACUUCAACAUGGAGAGUAUAUCUCCCUUGGAAAGGUUGAGGCAGCUUUAAUAUCAAGUGGCUAUGUGGAUAAUAUAAUGUUAUAUGCAGAUCCCUUGAAGAACUAUUGUGUAGCUCUAGUUGUCCCAUCACAUCAAGCACUUGAGAAAUGGGCACAGGGAGUUGGCAUCGAGUAUCAGAAUUUUUCGGAGCUGUGUAACAAGGAUGAAUCGAUCACUGAGGUUCAACAAUCGCUGUUGAAGGUAGGAAAAGCUGCAAAAUUGGACAAGUUUGAAAUUCCUGCAAAGAUCAAACUGUUGCCAGAUCCAUGGACACCUGAAUCUGGCCUAGUUACGGCCGCACUCAAGAUAAAGCGGGAACAGCUGAAGUCCAAAUUUAAAGAAGAGCUCCAAAAGCUUUAUGAGUGAAAUGAUGUUUAACGUGUUCUUCCUUCUUCUGCUAUGUUUUCGGCUCCUUCAAAUUUCCAGCUGCUCCUGAGUUUUUUUUGUCCCUGGAAACUGCUGCCAUAUGCCCCUAGCUGGAGGUUAUUCUGGCAUGAUCUGCGGUUGUUGGAUCUUCACGGUUUAUGAUGUAAGAGGGAGGGUUAAAUUUACCUAAAUUAUUGGAGAAACAUUUUCUUUUUCCUGCUAACUAGGAUUGCGUAUGUUGAUGCCCUGCAGUUUACCAUGUUAAUAAAGCAUCUUGCUCAUGGAUUGUGCAUGCUUGGCAGGCCAAACCCAUGGUGCUUUUGGUAUUCA